AUGGAUCCAGCGCAUCAGCAACAACAGAACCCGCCUGUAGCGGCUCCUCAUCAGCAGCAACCGCAGCAACAGCCGCCGGUGCCGCAGCCUGGCUAUGGUUACCCACCUUACGGCCAACCCCCUCCUCCAGGGGCUCCAGGACAAUAUCCCCCAGCGCCACAAGGUCAAGCACCUCCUCAGGGGCAAUAUCCUCCACAAGGAUAUUAUAUGCCGCCAGGCCAAUACCCUCCUCAGGCGGCCUACUACCCCCCUCCAGUACAAUAUCCCGCUGGAGCACCAGGCCAGGUGCCACCUCCUGCAGGCCAACCGCAGCCAUACCCUGCCCCUCAGCAGCAGCCAUAUGGCGCUCUUCCAACAGGCCAGUACCCCCAUCAACCAGCUGCCGGUCAAUAUCCUCCCGCCGUAGGAAGCAACCCACAGCCGGCCGGCUACCGUGCACCGGUGGGAACUCAAAACACCAAUCUCCCCUCCCUAGGCUAUGAUGCGUCCCACAUCGCAACCGGCGACAUGAGCGAAGAAGCGCGCAAGAUCAAAAAGGCAUUCGGCAGCUUCAACACAGACGAAGCCAAACUAAUCCAGGUCCUCUCCAAGCCCGACGCGGCGCACAUGGCGCUCCUGCGCAAAACAUACCGGCACGACAUCGGUAAGAACCUCGAGGACACCAUCGCGGAGAAAGUAAAGCGAGACUUCGGUGAAACCCUCCUCGCCCUCGUACGCGGGCCCCUGAAGAACGACAUAAUAUACCUCCACAACGCCCUGCAGGCCACCCCAGCCCUAGCCGGCACAGGGCCCACCCCGACGUCCCCGGCCAUCCUCAUCAACGACGUCCUCCUCCGCCGGUCCAACGCAGACAUCACCGCCAUAAAAGCCGCCUUCAAAGAAACCUACAAAAGCGACCUGAGCACCCGGCUCGCCAACUGCCCCGCCAUCAGCGGGCCGCACCACACCCUCUUCGUCCAGGUCCUCAAAGCCCAGCGCACGGACGAUGAGUCCCGGCCCCUCGACCACGCGCUCGUCGAAGCCGACGCGACCAAACUGGACUCCGCGCCCAAGAACAUCGACCCGGGCUGUGCACACGAGACCGAGCUCGUCCACCUGCUCGCGAGCCGCAGCGACGCACACCUCCGCGCCGUCGCAGCGGCCCUCGCCGCGACCCGCCCAGCCUUCCGCGACGGGACUCUCACGCUCGAGAAGAAGGUGAAGGCCAUCUGGGCGCGGGCGGACCGGAAGGGCCUGCGCCACAGUGCGCUGCAUAUUGUGCGCGGGGCGCUGGAUGGGCAGGGGCUGGAGGCGCGGUUGUUGCGCAAGUGCAUGAAGGGGCUCGGGACGCGGGAUUCGUUGUUGAUUGCGCGGGUGGUGAGGUUGCAUUGGCAGCGUGAGAGGGGGAGGGUGGCGGAGGUGAAGGCGGCAUAUCGGCGGCUGUAUGAGAAGAGACUUGUGGAUGUUGUGGAGAAGGAGACGGGUGGGGAUUAUGAGAAGUUGUUGGUUGCGUUGUUGGAUGGGUGA